GAAGGAAAGAAGGAGGGAGGAGAAGAGGAGGAGGAGGAGGAGGAGAGGACGCGCCCCACUCUUCUGCCCUCCCUUGCUUCCUUCCUUCUUCCUUGGCCACCGCACCGCCGCCUCGCCUUGCCGCUUCCCACCCGCCACGAUGCCUAAAACGAUCUGCGUGCGAGUGACCACCAUGGAUGCCGAGCUGGAGUUUGCCAUCCAGCCCAACACAACUGGGAAACAGCUGUUUGACCAGGUUGUGAAAACCAUUGGCCUCAGGGAGGUUUGGUUCUUUGGACUCCAAUACCAGGACACCAAGGGCUUCUCAACCUGGCUGAAGCUAAAUAAAAAGGUGACGGCGCAGGACGUGCGCAAGGAGAGCCCGCUGCUCUUCAAGUUCCGGGCCAAGUUCUACCCGGAGGACGUGGCGGAGGAGCUGAUCCAGGACAUCACCCAGCGCCUCUUCUUCCUCCAGGUCAAGGAGGGCAUCCUGAAUGAUGAUAUCUAUUGCCCCCCAGAGACCGCCGUCCUCCUGGCCUCCUAUGCCGUCCAGUCCAAGCAUGGGGACUUCAACAAGGAGGCCCACAAGUCCGGAUACCUGGCCACCGACAAGCUUCUGCCACAAAGAGUUUUGGAGCAGCACAAACUCAACAAGGACCAAUGGGAAGAAAGGAUCCAGGUGUGGCACGAAGAGCAUCGGGGAAUGCUCAGAGAAGACGCCAUCUUGGAGUACCUGAAGAUCGCCCAAGACCUGGAGAUGUACGGCGUGAACUAUUUCAGUAUUAAGAACAAAAAGGGCUCAGAGCUGUGGCUUGGUGUGGAUGCCUUGGGCCUGAACAUCUAUGAACAGAACGACAGGCUAACACCCAAAAUUGGAUUUCCCUGGAGCGAAAUCAGGAACAUUUCCUUCAAUGAUAAGAAGUUUACCAUCAAGCCGAUUGACAAGAAAGCCCCAGACUUUGUCUUCUACGCCCCUCGGCUAAGGAUCAACAAGCGCAUCCUGGCCCUCUGCAUGGGCAACCAUGAGCUGUACAUGCGCCGGCGCAAGCCAGACACGAUAGAGGUGCAGCAAAUGAAGGCCCAGGCCAGAGAGGAGAAGCACCAGAAGCAGAUGGAAAGAGCCUUGUUGGAGAAUGAGAAGAAGAAGAGGGAGUUGGCCGAGAAGGAGAAAGAGAAGAUCGAACGGGAAAAGGAGGAGCUGAUGGAGCGGCUCCGGCAAAUUGAGGAGCAGACCAAAAAGGCUCAGCAAGAGCUGGAGGAACAGACCCGCCGGGCGCUGGAACUGGAGCAGGAGCGGAAACGGGCUCAAGAGGAAGCGGAGAAGCUGGCGAAGGAGCGGCGGGAGGCGGAGGAGGCCAAAGAGGCGCUGCUGAAGGCCUCCCAUGACCAGAAGAAGACCCAGGAGCAGCUGGCCACCGAGAUGCUGGAGCUCACAGACCGGAUCUCGCAGCUGGAAUUGGCUCGGCAGAAGAAGGAGAGCGAAGCCGUGGAGUGGCAGCAGAAGGCCCAGAUGGUCCAAGAAGAUCUUGAGAAGACUAAGGAGGAGCUCAAGUCGGCCACCAGCACCCCACACGUCCUGGAGCCCAUGCAGUCUGAGAACGAGCAUGACGAUGAGCAGGACGAGAAUGCCGCCGAAGCCAGCGCCGAACUGCGGGCGCACGCAUCCAUCAAGGACCGCAGCGAGGAGCAGAGGACCACCGAGGCGGAGAAGAAUGAGCGGGUGCAGAAACACUUGAAGGCUCUGACGUCCGAACUGGCCAACGCUCGGGACGAGACGAAGAAGACGGCCAAUGACAUGAUCCAUGCCGAGAACAUGCGCCAGGGCCGAGACAAGUACAAGACCCUGCGCCAGAUCCGGCAGGGCAACACCAAGCAGCGCAUAGAUGAAUUCGAGUCCAUGUAAUCCUCCCUGCCUCCGCUCCGACUGCACUCUCCUUCCUUCCUUCCUUCCUUCCUUCUCUCUUUCCCUCCUUCACUUUUGUCCAACUGCGUUGUGCUGGAACCGCUACAGAAGAGCAACCACGGCCCACCUUUAGCUGCCCUUCUGUUAAAGGACCAAAACAAAAGUCAAUUGUGCCUUAUUGAAGAAGCCGGACGGUGGGGACCCUUUGCACCCAGCCUGCGAUGCUUAUGGGAUCUCUCCUCCUCCUCCUCCUCUCUAGCCUUCACAAACCCAUCUUGACCAAAUUCUGGGAUCCACUGCAAGUUUUCACAGUCUGGGGACUGGAGAGAGCUGCAGUGGAAGGAGGUGUUUCAAAAGCACAAAAUGUGGUGCAAAUCCCCUCUUCCCCAAACCAAAGCUUUCCACCAUUCCUUGAUGUUCACCAGACCAAAUAGAACCUUCUUGACAGUAUUUUGCAUGCGCCACCAGCUUGGAAGAGUCAAUCUGGAUGGAUGGGAUACAUUGGGAGCAUUCCUUUCUUAAGCCCAACUUGUCACUUUGAAAGAGGAAUGGCCCUGGCCAAAAACUCCAGCAAAAGAGGUGCCAACGGAUGCAGUUCUCUCCCGGUGCCUUACAACACGUGUUCUCCCUUUUUUUUACACUUCUCACCAGCAGUUUUAACACCAAAUAUCCCUCAUAUGGCUUCCAUCUCGCACUUCCCUACAUCACAAUCCAUGCCUUAUUGUCACCUCUGCCUUUGCUUUGAAAGAGGCGAAAACCACGUCUCUUUCUGCUGCCUUAAAUACCGGAAGACGGCAGGUUGCCCUUUCUUUCAACAGACCCUUUGCCUUGGAGUGCCUUUUGCUCCUCCAGUUUUAGCCAAAACCCCAAAAAGAGCCAGAAUUGCUGUUUUUGGGGAGCUUGCAAACUGCUUCGCUGGCAGUUUUGAAACCCAGACGGCAACACUCGGUGCCACUUCGCUGCCAACCAUUCAUUGCCGGGCCGCUCAUUGCUGGCUGUGCAAUGACCCCGAACCAUCUCCAUUCAUUGGAAAAGAAAGCGUGCCCUGGAGAGUUGAGGCAUCGACUUGAAAGCUGGAAGGAAUUCCUUUGGAGGAAGAGAACGUGGCCUUCGUUGUAUUCUCUUCCAAAGAGAUUCCUUUGCAAGGCUCUUUCGUCGUUGUAUAAACUUCCAAGUCAUCUUUGGCAUAUCUGCAAAUUCCCCCUUUCUCUUUGCUGAAUGUCUCUUUGCUGAUAUUCCAUGUCCAGGAUGUAUUAAUGCCAAAAAAAGUGCUUUUUUUAAUAGGAGUAUCAAAGGAGGCAGGUGAUGAUGAAAAUAUUUUUGGAGAGGUGGAAUGGUAAUUGCACAACUUGGCACCCAAGGAGGAAUAGAAAGAAGCCUCAGUAUUUUCCAUUUUAAGGCUCCAGCUUGCCUCCUUGGAGGGCCAGAUACCGGUGCCAUAAGCAAUAGCGGUUGCAGAGAGAUGUGCCUAAAAGGUCCCUUCAACACAUCUCCAAAGAUCUUUGGUGGAGGGAGAUGUGCCCAAAAAGUCUUUUCUACCAUCUACGAAGAUCUUUAGUGCAGAAAGAUAUGCCCAAAAGGUCCUGUCUACCAUCGCCAGAGAUCUUUGGUAUGGAGAAAUGUGCCCAAAAGGUCCUUUCAACCCAACUCCAAAAAUCUUCGGUGCAUAAAGAUGUGCCCAAAGGUCCUUUCUACCAUCUUCAAAGAUCUUUGGUACUCCAAUGUGCCCAAAAGGUCCUUUCUACCAUCUGCAGAGAUCUUUGGUGUGGACAAAUGUGCCCAAAAGGUCCUUUCAACCCAACUCCAAAGAUCUUUGGUGUGGAGAUGUGCCCAAUAGGUCCAUUCUACCCAUCUCCAAAGAUCUUUGGUGCAUAAAGAUGUGCCCAAAUGUCCUUUUUGCCAUCGCCAAAGAUCUUUCGUACAGUGAUGUGCCCAAAAGGUCCUUUCUACCAUCUCCAAAGAUCUUUUGUGUGGAGAAAUAUGCCCAAAAGGUCCUUUCUAACGUCUCCAAAGAUCUUUGGUACUGCAAUGUGCCCAAAAGGUCCUUUCUUUGGUACUGAGAGAUGUGCCCACUAGGUCCCUCACCGAAGACCUUAAAAGUGUGUUUUGGAUGCACUCCUUUCUAUUCCAGAUACAUUGUGCCUUUAGGGUUAAUUGGGGGUGCAAGCAGCCAUUCUGCAUCCCCUCUUUUUGCGCCCAAAACAUGCUUUUAACCUUUAAAACAAAACCCAGACUUAUCAGAAUCAUUUUGUAUUUUCUAUGCUGAAGUUGCCACUGAAAUGCCCGGUGGCAAGCUUUGGAUGGCAAGCUGCCCUCCAAGAUCGUUCCAAACCAUGGCCAAACCAUGCCUCCAUAGUCAAUGGCAAUUUGUGGCCCUCUGUGUCUCCCAUUGACUCCCAAUUAUCUCCCAGUAUAGGAACAAAAUGACCUUUUCUCCCGCUGUAGUCGGUCCAGCUCUCUUCCCUGAUCUUACCAGUAUUAUAUAUAUUCCAGUGGUUAUCUAAUAAUAAUAAUAAUAAUAAUAAUUGAUUUCAUCCUCUCCUUUCUCUCUCGCUCUUGUUUUUCCUAGCUAUGCACAAUUAGAAAAUGUUAAUCUCGAGCGGGGAGGGAAACACAAAACGCUCCCUCCUUUCUCCAUUGAACAAAAAAAUAAAAUAAAUAUGUAUACUGUAUUGUAAAGAGAUGAUAUUUUGCAGGAAAUUUAAUGUAAGAAGCACUCAGUAUUACCAGGAGAUUUUCUAGAGAUGUGGUUUUUUUUUAAUUAUUAGUUAGGAUACCUGGAGGUUUUCCCCUUCUCCCCCCUUUUUCCACCCACCGUUUUGUUUACUGCUAUUCCAUGGGUAUAACAUGUCGUUUCUCUAUGGGAGGGGGAAAGCACCCUAUUAAACACGUGGGGUUUUUUUUUUUUUUUUUUUUUUUGGUCUGGCUUUAUAUUUGUGUUUUGGGAAAAAAAAUGACUGUAAAUUAUGUCAGUUCUUCUUUUCGACCAAUCCUUUGACGUCUCGUGGCGAAAACACCGGUCCUUCCAUUGGACGGGCUGCGAGGUCAAUCUGUGUAUUGAUAUUUACUAAAUUUUCAGAUGCUUCGUAUUCAAAAAGGGGCUUUUGUCAAGUCCGCUUCCCCCAUCCCUUCUUCAUCCAGUGCCAAUAAAGUUUAGAUCAGUCGA